AUGAAAUUUGGUAGUCAACUUGAUGCAGCUUUAUAUGGUGAAUGGGCAGAAUUUUACCUGGACUAUAAUGGUCUAAAGAAACAUUUAAAGUUAGGGGAGAAAAAGGAAGCUGGUUAUACAGAAAAAGACGAAUCUGCUUUUGUAGAAUUGUUGGAUAAAGAAUUAGAAAAGAUUUAUGCCUUUCAAAAUUCCAAAUACGAGGAAAUUAAAGGUCGUGUUCAACAUUGUGAAAAUGCAGUCGAAUCAAUAAGUAAAAGCCCUUCAAUGAAUAUUCCUGAUAGAUAUGCAGAAGUUGAACGCGAGAUUAAUUUUAUCACUGAAGAAUUGAAUGAGCUCGCAAAAUAUGCAAGAUUAAAUUAUACUGGCAUUAUCAAAAUUGUAAAAAAACAUGAUAGGCGAACACAUUACAUUCUGCGUCCUAUGUUUAAUGUUCGUUUGAAUGCAUGUCCUUUCUACAAAGAAAAUUAUGAACCUAUUAUUAUACAACUUUCACGUUUAUACCACAUCGUUCAUCAAAGAUUAGGAAAUAAUGAUCAAUUCUUGAGCUCAACACCAAAUUUUCAAUCUAUGUCUAAUUCAUGGAAACCACAAACAAUAAUGCCAGCACAAGAAAGAUUGUUGAGACAGUCUCGUAAAUACUGGGUCCAUUUGAAUAACAUCAUGGAAGUUAAAACCACUAUUCUCCGUCACUUACCAGUUAUACUCUAUAAAGCUGGCUCUGACUCAUCUGUGACCUCAAUAUACUUUGACAAUGAACCAUUUGAGCUGUACCAAGAUAAAGUCGACCGUAAACCUGGCGAUCAAAUAAUCAGGUUACGUUGGUAUGGAAAUAAAUCAAAUGGUGGCGUCUUUCUUGAAAGAAAAAUCUAUGAAACGGGGGAUGAUGAAAUAAAAGAUCGAUUCCUUAUCAAAAAAAAAUAUGUGGAUUCAUUCUUAAAAGGCACAUAUUCAAUGGAAAAAGUUAUCAAGAAAAUGAAAGAAACUCCCGGAAGAACAGAUGCCGACGUUGAACAAUUUGUGAAAUUGGUCAAAGAUAUUCAAAACACUAUUCAAGAUAAAAAUCUACAGCCUGUUCUUCGCACAUAUUAUAAUAGAAUGGCAUUUCAAAUUCCCGGUGAUAACCGUGUUAGGAUUUCUCUUGACACAGAUUUCUAUAUGAUAAGGGAGGACAAUUUUGAUAUUAUACGUCGUCGUGAAGGUGAAUGGCGAAGAUCAGACAUUGAAGAUGAUAGAUUUGACAAGUUACCAUCAUCUGAAUAUGCCAAAUUUCCUUAUGCUGUAUUGGAAGUUAGACUUAAUGCGAAUGGUAAUGAACCAGGCUGGGUACAAGAAUUUCUUGGAAGUCAUUUAGUUGAGGAGGCUCCUCAAUUUUCAAAAUAUGUUCACGGUGUUGCCACAUUAUUCACUGCUGAAGCUCCCUCCUUACCAUAUUGGCUACCAAAUAUGGAUAAAGAUAUUCUUAAACCACCAAGCACUCAUAAUAUAUAUGAUGAUUUAUCUACUGAAACUCCAGCUUCUUCAUCCAAUUAUAUUUCCUCAAGAAGAUUUAAACAAACCAUACCAAAUAGUGGUAUUAUCAAUGUUGAAGUGGUUGGAAAAAAUCAAAUCAGUAGCAGAAAUAAGGGUAAAGCUGUCGAAGUAUAUAAUCCUGACGAAGAGGGAGAAAAUAUUAUUGACGAGAAUGCGCCUUUGCUUGGAGGAGAAGAGGGAGGAGAAGAAGGUCAACAAGAAUCGAUAGUUCUCAAGACAUUUAAUAAAUUAUUUCAUAGACGCAGUCAUUCUAAAACUAAAUCAGUCAUACUACCACCAAAUGUCAGAAUUCCUCAAGUAAUAAACACACAAAUACGCGUAGAGCCUAAAGUUUAUCUUGCAAAUGAAAGAACAUUCUUUUCCUGGAUGAGAUUUAGUGUAUUAUUGGGUUCAUUUGCUCUUGCAUUAUUCAAUGCCAGUGGUACUGAAAAUAAAGCUGGUAAAUUUUGUGGUGUCCUUUAUGCAUUAAUAAGUGUCUCUGUUUUAAUAUAUUCAUUAAUCAAAUACAAUAAAAGAACUAAAAUGAUUAAUGAAAGGAAGCCUGGUCCGUAUGAUGAUAUUGUUACACCUAUUAUAGUUUGUAUUGCACUUUUUAUUGCUGUUGGACUUAAUUUUUACCUUAAACUCCCAAGAGUGAUUGAAAGCAGUCGGGAAAAUGUUAAUAUUAAUAUUCCUGAGCCAAUUACAUCAGCAUAA